CAUCUGACCUGGAUCUUCAGGUAUACUUGAUCUGCACCGAGAGAGGUGGGGGUGUGGGUUAGCUGCCCACUUGAGAUGCCUUUUAGCCCUCUGGAUUUAAGAAAUACCGUAGUAAUUGCUCCAUAAUGUUCUAAAGCCUGGCUUUGGCUGGCAGCCUCGCUUGGCACCCUUCUUAUAACUUGAUCUUUUAAACAAACCUCCAAAUGUCACAAGUGAGCACAUGAAGCAAGGCUGGUUGUCCCCUUGCUUGCUCUGCAGAACCCACGGUAAGCUGAAAGCUGCAAAAUAAGCCUGCAAGUGGGCAAGAGCCCCAAUCCAUCUCAGCCCCUGGAAAGAGGGGGCUGCUGAGCUGCCAUGGGGAACACCACCAGCGAGCGGGUGUCUGGGGAGCGCCAUGGCUCCAAGUCCCACCGCUCAGAUGGCUCCGGCGCCUCCCACCCCGCCAAGGAGCACCCGCACAAGAUCAUGGUGGGCAGCACCGACGACCCCAGCGUUUUCAGCUCCCAUGACUCCAAGAUUCCCGGGGACAAAGAGUUUGUGUCGUGGCAGCCGGAUCUGGAGGAGUCAGUGAAGCCAUCCCAACAGGCUCGUCCAACUGUCAUACGCUGGGCCGAUGGAGGCAAGGAGGUUUUCAUCUCUGGAUCCUUCAACAACUGGAGCACCAAGAUACCACUCAUCAAGAGCCACAACGACUUUGUUGCUAUCCUGGACCUUCCAGAAGGAGAGCACCAGUACAAAUUUUUUGUGGAUGGCCAGUGGGUCCAUGAUCCAUCUGAGCCUGUGGUUACCAGCCAGAUGGGGACAAUAAACAAUCUCAUCCACGUCAAGAAGUCUGACUUUGAGGUGUUUGAUGCGUUGAAGGUGGAUUCCCUGGAAAGCUCAGAAACCUCAGGUCGGGAUUUAUCCAGCUCCCCACCGGGACCUUAUGGCCAAGAGAUGUACGUAUACCGGCCUGAGGAGCGCUUCAAAUCCCCACCCAUCCUUCCGCCUCACCUCCUCCAGGUCAUCCUCAACAAGGACACCAAUAUCUCGUGUGACCCAGCACUGCUGCCCGAGCCCAACCACGUCAUGCUCAAUCACCUCUACGCGCUCUCCAUCAAGGAUGGCGUGAUGGUGCUCAGUGCCACGCACCGCUACAAGAAGAAGUAUGUCACCACGCUGCUGUACAAGCCCAUCUGAGCCGGGGCCUCACGCGCUCCCCACGCAGGACACGAAACGCCGCUUGUCUGCACACAUUGGGCCACAGGACUGUGUGACAACUGGCCACUGGCUCCAGCCUCCAACCUGGCAGGAACGCGGGCCCUGGCAACAAGCUCAGGGUCGCUGGGGCCUGUGACGCUGUCCCAUCCUACUGGCGUGGUUUAGCCCUUGGUUUCCGCCCACCUGCAGCUUCCCUCGGCUUCUUUGAGUCUCUGGGACCACUUUGCUGCUCACCAGAACAGCCCCUCCUCACGCCCAACACGAAAAGGGCUUUCACCCUGCCUGUCUUCUCCAGCCUGUGAGGGCCUCAAGGUGGUCCUGGCACUGCACCCAGUCCAGGCUCCAGGAACACAUCCUGUCCUUCUGAAGGUUGUGCUGCUGCCCUGGUGAUGAGUCUCCAAGGCCACCUUGUGUGCUAGGGGCUCUGGCACUCCAGCCUGACACAUGCUCCCUGUCCCACAGCCCUGGCUGUGGGGCUGCCCCCCAGCUUUGAGGAGGGCUCUCAGCCCCAGCCCUCCACGAGGUUCAGCGUCGAGCCAGCAUGAUGGACGGUACAGCUGGACACAGCCACUCCUGCCUGCUGCUGUGAGAGCAUCGUUAAGGACUGCAACGCCCUGUCCCAGCAUCAGCUGCUUCUGUGGGACAGGGCUGACUUUGUCACAGCCAGAGGGGCACUGGCACAUGCCUACACUGGAGGGGCCUGGGAAGAGCAGAGCCGGGCAGGCACUCCAGGACCCUGGCUGCACCGCCUGCUGCCGCAGCAGUGCCGUAGGACAGGGGGUUCUCUAUUUAUUACAGUAUUUAUUGUUCUC